AUGUCUUUCUUAUUAUUGGUUUCUCUGGCUAUGGCGAAAUUUCUAAUUGAUAUGAUGUACGAAAAAAAGUGUUAUAGUGAGGGACAUGUAGUUUACAAGAGAAUUGAUUGUAAAAGCGCCAAAUACAUAGCAUGUCCUCAGUUAGUGUGUGAUGUUGACCCGGAAAACUGCAAAAAAUUUGUGAUUGAGAUACUUAAAGAGCAUGGUAUCCGUGAAGAGCUCAUUCAUAGGUACAUGAAAAGUGAGAGUAUGCAACACGGUUUGCACAAGCAUUUGUGUGACAUGAACGUGAAUAGAUACCCGUUAGAAAUUAACGAAAUGAAUUAUGGGAUUUUUCGUCUUGAUGAGGCUAAUUUAGAGAAAGAUAUAGAAACUUACUUCCAAAUACACGAUUUGUGGAUGCAAAGCAUUGACGUUGCUAUCUUGGGAUGCGAAUGA